AUGACUGAACGUCCGGUCUCUGCCCUCUCCAGUGGCAGCGUUGCUGCUGCUGCCAACACUUCUUUACCAGCUGGCGAUGACGCCUCUUUCUUCCGCGAGCCUCGCGCCCCUUUUCUCGGUCCCGACUCUACAGAAUCCCCGCGCGAUUCGUACCGACAAUCCACGCCCAACGAUUCUGUGGAUUUGCUUGCCGGGAAGAAUGAGCCUGCCGGAGAAGAGCCCGCCCCUUUGAGCUCCGAGACGACGAAAGCUAAACGCCGCCCCCUUCUUAUCUUCCUCGCGGCUCUGGCCGCGCUCAUCGUUGUCGUCCUCGCGGUGAUCCUCCCGGUCUACUUUACUGUCAUCAAGCCCAGGAACAAUAACAACGCCGCCGCCGUUUCUCCCACAAGCACGGUCGAUGAUCCCGCGACGCCAACCGCGACUGGGGGUACGACGACUCCCCCGGCAGAACCUGUCUCUGGCGUCGAUGGUUCGACUGUGCGAGCUACCGAUGGUUCAACCUUUACCUAUGUUAACAAGUUGGGUGGCAUGUGGUAUUCCGACCCCGAUGACCCAUACAACAACAACGCAUAUCCCAACUCAUGGACGCCUCCUCUCAAUCAGAGUUGGAACUACGGGACUGAUCGCAUGUUUGGCGUCAACUUGGGUGGUUGGUUUGUUCUGGAGCCCUUCAUUUCCCCGGCACCUUUCCAGAGAUAUCCCGGUGCUAGGGAUGAGUGGACGCUCAGCCAACGCAUGGCAGCUGAUACAGCGAACGGCGGCCUGAAUCAACUGGAAGAACACUACAGGACGUUCAUCACUGAACAAGACAUUGCGGAAAUCGCCGGUGCUGGGCUGAACUGGGUUCGUUUACCAAUUCCCUUCUGGGCGAUCGAUAAGAUGCCAGAUGAGCCCUACCUUGAGAAGACGAGCUGGAAGUACAUUGUCCAAGCCUUUCAAUGGUGCAGGAAGUACGGCCUCCGUGUCAAGCUCGAUCUUCAUGCCAUCCCAGGAUCUCAGAGUGGAUACAACCACUCUGGAAAGCUAGGACAAAUCAACUUCAUGAUGGGUACCAUGGGAAUUGCGAAUGCCCAACGCGCUCUCAACUACAUGCGGAUAAUUACUGAGUUCAUCUCUCAGCCUGAGUGGAAGGACGUCGUUCCCAUGUUUGGCAUCAUGAACGAGGCUCGCAUUACGGACAUUGGCGAGGAACAGUUGCGCGGAUUCUAUGUUGAAGCUUACAAGAUGAUACGUGGUAUCACUGGAGUCGGCGAAGGCAAAGGACCAUUCAUCAGUCUCCACGAUGGGUUCCAAGGCCUGGAACGCUGGUCUGGCUUCCUCGAAGGUGGUGAUCGCAUUGCCAUUGAUAGGCAUCCCUACUUCGCCUUCAGUGGCGGACCAGCAACCUCUCCUAUCGAUACGGGUACGGGCCCAACAGCCGGGGGAACCUGGGUGCAGGCAGCUUGCCAGUGGGGUGCUUCCAUGAACGCUAGUCGCAACGCUUUCGGUGUCACCCUCGGAGGGGAAUGGAGCAACGGUUUCAACGAUUGCGGCCUCUUCCUGACUGGCGUCGGAGGAAGGCAAUCGUACGGCGGUGACUGCGCCGAUUGGCAAGAUUCGUCCAACUGGACGGCAGGGACCAAGGCCGGGCUCAUGCGAUUCACUUCGGCCACCAUGGACGCCCUGGGGGAUUGGUUCUUCUGGACGUGGAAGAUCGGACCUUCCACAAGGGGCAUCGUCGAAUCUCCUCUCUGGUCGUAUCAGCUCGGCCUGCGUAAUGGCUGGAUGCCCACUGACCCCCGGACGGCGAUUGGCACAUGUGGAUCGUCGACUGGGCCCAGGUUUGAUCAAAGCUUCGAACCGUGGAUGACGGGAGGUGUUGGUGCUGGAUCCAUCGGGGCAGCGCAGACGGCUCAGUACCCCUUCCCUCCCGCGUUCCUCAGCAACGCACCUGUUGCAGCCUCGAACCUCCCCAUGUAUACCCCGACUGGUGCUAUCUCCACCCUCUCAGCCCCGACGUAUACUGGUUCUACUGGUAAUACUAUCUCGGCCGGGAAUGGCUGGUUCAACCCGAACGACAAUGCACCUGCCCCGACGCCGAUUUCCGGUUGCUCGUACCCUGAUGCCUGGGAUGCCUGGAAUCUCGCGGUCCCCUCGGGAUGCACAGGUACCCCUAUCCCUCCUGCUGCGAUUACCCCUCCACCCAGUCGUCGUUAA